UUAGGCGUUAGGAUACGUUUUAUUGGCUCAGCCUCUAUGGUGGACGAAACAGAGGCGGUAUCUUUAUUAUGACGAACAUUUUUUAGCUGUAGUUGGCCGAAGUGCUGUUGAUGUAGAUACUGCUUCCUCAAAAGGACAAUGUAUCGACCACGAAAGCGCAGAGGAGCAUUAAGUGCUGAUCGUUACAUAACUGCUUUCUAUGGAAGGGGGCGCUAUGAAUGUCACGUUUGCAGAAUUGCAUGUACCUCCAGGAAGCAGCUAGAACAACAUGUACAGGGAAUAAAACAUCAGAGAAAUAUUUGUGAUCCUUCUCAUAAAGGUGAUGAGAACACUUUUCCUCUGGAGCAUAUGGUUGUAUUAGAUCAGACUGAAGAAGACUUCCCGAAUGAUAACCCUGCUUCACCUGCUUCUUGUGACUCUUCAGACAUGGAGACUGCUGCAUCUGCUUCAGACACCAUUGCCACAAGCCAUAUGGUUAUCUUAGAUGAAACAAAUGACGACUAUGAUCAUCCAGCUUCCCCGGCAUCUUGUGAUUCAUCUGCUUCAGAGUCUGCCCCAUCAAGUCCAGCUACCAUAACAACGUCAGAUCUAACCCCGAAGAAGAAAACUAGAACAGAAAAGCCUGAGGAUGAUCAGACUGCACCAAUGUCUCCAGUAUCCAGCGGCUCAUCUUCCAACUCUGCCCCAGAGGCGGAAUCUGCUCACAGCACAGCAAAGGAAUCCACCAGCAAGAAACAUCAUUCAAAGAGUGGCAAGACCAGGCAUAAAGAAUCAAGAAAGACAUUUCAUAUAACGCCAGUAAAAAGCAAUGAAGACGUGUUCAAACUUCUGAAAACCUUUGCAGUUGCAAAUGAGUCUGAUGUAGCAUUUGCGGAAAAGGUUAAAGAAUUGUUCUCCGUUGCACUAACGAAAUACAAAGAGCUAAAACUCGAAGAAAUAUUCUGCACAGAAGCGGAGCACAGUUCACCUGAGGAACUUGUGGGGUCUUCUGAUAAUCACAAUGAUCAUGAGCAAACAAAUUCUUUUCUGCCCCAAGCAACAAAUACGAUUGAAUAUGAAAGAAUAAAUUCAGCAGCAGGUUCUCCAGUUCAUUCAUUACCAGUGCAAUGCAUCUCCAGUCCCACAUCUCCUGCAGACUGCCAGCCAAACUCGCCUAUCAGAAAUCAGCCAAACAAUCCAGACACCUCAUCCAUUGCUUCAAGAUCACCAACAAACAUAUGUGAGGACAGUGACGCCUCAAACAAGCUAUCCGCAACAAACCCGGCAAAUGACAACCCAUGUGCUGGAACUGAAGUAGACCUGUCGAUGGAAAGUGACGAUUGCGUUGCUGCUGAAGCAGCUUGCAGUGAUGAUGAAGAUGUAUAGAAUCUGUACAGGUGUAUAAAGCCAGUAAUAAAUGUUAAAAACCCCUGUCAGGCCCCAAACACAUUUUGUAGUUAGGGUUUUGCCCCACUACACUUUUUUACUUUUUAUGGUGUUUUUUUGGCUUUUAAAAAACCACCAUUUUGUUCAUGUGUUUUUAUACAAGCAUUUUUUGGGGUGGCAUUGUUUAAUCAUGUUUUUUUGUUUUUGUUUUUUAUACUUUUUUCCCCAUUUGGACGUUUAUGUGAAAAUGGCCACACCUCAGAGCAUGCUGUGAUUUGAAAAAAAAUAAAAAAAAUUCUACCAGAGGCUGGCUGAAAAGUGAUUGCCAGGGGUUUUUGGUAAAGGUUUCUGCUUUGUGUGGUGGAAUCUGGUCAUGUUUUUUGGAGCUAAAUCUAAUCUCCUGUAAACACAGCGUUCUGUAAAAUUUCUGUUCUGUAAAAGAACCCUUCCCCUAUAGUGAUACUAAAAAUAGACUCCUCUUUUAAGGAAUGCCCCUCUUCAACCACAUAUUUUAUAAAUCCAUUCUCCCUGUUUUCUAAGCAAGCUUUUGUCUGUAACUAUUGUUUUAGCGUUUUCCUUUUUCUCAGUUUAGACAUGCACAUACUCCUAUAGACUUUAUUUUUAAUUUUUUUUACUGUGAAUAAAUAACGGAUU